AUGCUAGAUGAUGUAGAAGAAGUCAUGAAAAAUAAAGACAAAUAUUUCGAUAGUGCCAAUUCCAUUUUAUCAACUGCUUUAAAAUAUGGAUCAAUAAACGUCUUCAAAUUCAUUUUUGAACAGCCAGAUUUAUAUAAAUCUGUUGACCCUGUCGAUGCUGUUAAAGGUGGUAACCUAGAGCUCUUCAAAAUUGUUGCUGAGAGUGGUGUGAAUCUCGACAAAUGCCUCAGAGCUGCUGUUAGAUACCACAGAAACGAAUUUGCUGAUUAUUUGAUGCAUAAUUACACAUUUCCAAAAAUCACUGCAAAAACUUGUUUAAGAGCAACAAACUUGAGAGCUUUCUUCUGCUUGAUUGAUCAUGGUUUCAAUGUCAAUGAACAUGAGCUAAAUCAUCCAAAUUGUUUGAAUGUUGCAUCAUACUUCAAAGACAUGAAACUCAUUAAUUUCUUGAUGAGAGACAUGUGUUCUCAAGUUGUUGAAUAUUCGAAAUAUGAAGAUGAACAUCCAUUGAUUUUGGCUACAAAAGAAAAAGAUUUCAGUCUCAUAGAAUUUCUUAUCAAAAUGAGACGUUUCAAUAUUAACAUGUAUGCAGAAAAUGGUCCAUAUGUUAGUGAUAUGAAUCCAGUUUUAGUUGCCGUUGAGGAAAAUGAUGUUGAAUUGUUAAAACACUUGAUUUCAUUGGGUGCUGAAAUGAAAUUUACUAGAAUUGAUUAUGAUACUCUUUUAACGUUUGCAAUCAGAAAGAAAUGUUCGAUUGAUAUGAUAAAGUUCUUGGUUGAAGAGUGCAAACUUAACGUCAACGCAAAAAUUCGAGAUGUUUGUGCUGGCUAUGAAAUUCAAUAUUGUUUUUCAUGA